CAUUAAAAGUCUCAAGUCGUCUUUUUUGAUCCCCGGAACGCUUGACAUAAAGUCGUUUUCUGCACGAACAGUAAUAGCAGGAGCACAAAGAUGGCGACCUCAAUGCUAAGGCUAGGACGACUAGGAACAUUGAAGUGCCUCAGGCAGGAUGGCUGGGGUUCUCUGAAAACUCCACUCUCUGCAGCUUUCUGUACUAAAACUGAGGCACCCAAGAAGCCAGCAAAGAAAGCUUCAAGUAAGACCUUAGAGGCUCCUGACGAGAGGGCUGCUCUGCUAGCCUACAAGACCACUGUUGCCUUCCCUACUAGACUUUCCACUCCAGGAUUUCUCAGUCAAGGUGUUGCAUUAGAAGCUGCCCCUGCACUCGAGCCUGAGCCGUUCGACAACAGCAUGUACAAGAACCUGCAACAUCACAAUUACAACAGUUACACAUUCGUGGACAUGGAUGUGGAGAUGGCCAAGCACCGUCUGGCCCAGCCCUCUACGGGAAGACCGUCACCCCAGCACUGAGCUCUCCCUCAGGGGGCCUGUGAUCUCCUUCCUGUUCUCCACAGUGAUUAACAUCUUACUGCUUUUCCUUUGCUUUGAUUUGUCUUUCAGAAGGUUGGCCACAUUGCAACUUUCUGGUGAAAUGCUUGUAAUUACAUUAAAGUAUAUAAAUUAAUAAUGAA